AUGCUCGCGGUUUCCACAGCAACCAUGGGCAACGUGAGGCCACGACCCGGAAGAAGACGGCCCUCCCGGGGGCGGACCAAAAGCGCAAAAAUUACUUCCGGGUCGCGGCGGCGCGGGCGCUCACGUGGGGAGGCUUGGCCUGCGGGUGGACCAGGAAUGGUCACCAAGACUCAGAAAGGAGACCUGGUCCCACGGCCCCCAGAGAAGAAGAAGAAGAAGAAGAAAAAGAAGGUGGUGGCUACAGAGGUCGUAGAACCAGAGACUCAGUACUCAGUCCUAAACAGUAAUGAUUAUUUUGUGGAUGUUUCUUCUCCAAGGGCCAUAUCCCCCUCUAAUAAUGUGGGUGAAGGACACGUCCCUGAGAUGUCACCAGGCAAGAGGAAGAAGAAAAAAAAGUACCCUAGUGCUCACUUAGAGGCACGCCUGCAGCCUCAGGCUGCACGGGCAGGACAGAAAAAGUCCCCCAGCCCUAGAAGGCAGGUCCUUGACCGGUCAGCAGAAUGCUUCAGUGGAGAGAAGAAAAAGAAGAGGAGGAAGUCCUUACCACAGGCAGUCUCCCAAACCUCACAUCUGAAGACCUCCCCAGACCCCAAGCAUGCUGAGGAGGUAAGCAAAGCCAGUAAGAAGUCCAAAAAACACCGGAAGGAAAAAAAGGUUCUGGACAUGGAAGCCUUUCCUCCCCAGGACUCUUGGCUCUGUGAGGCUGGGGAUGCUCUGCGCCCCUGCUCAGGGAGGAAGGAUGCUGAAGAGCAGGCAGCCUUGGGGCAGAAAAGGAAGCAGGGGAGCUCCCGAGAGCACAGCAUGAAGAAGAAGAAAAAGAAGACCCACCAAGAGGGAGACAUCCUCCCAGUCCACUCCAAGCUCUCCAUGGAGAGCAGCAUGAAGAAAGGAAGUAAGAAGUCAAUCAAAAGUGAAGCUUUGGAGUACAUCCCGAUAGAGAACCCAAAGGCCCCUGGGAAAAAGAAGGUGAAAACCAAGACAAAAGUGGAAAAGCCAGAUGGUGAAGGGCUGGCUGUGAAAAGGAAGAAAAAGAAGAGGAAAGAGAGUGGGGUAAAGGAAAACCCCUGGCAGGAGGAAGAAGAGGAGUCGGACACAGACCUAGAGGUGGUACUGGAAAAGAAAGGCAACAUGGAUGAGGCUUGCAUAGAUCAGGUGAGGCGGAAGGCCUUGCAAGAAGAGAUUGACCGUGAGUCGGGCAAGACAGAGGCUUCAGAACCCAAGAAGUGGACGGGAACCCAAUUUGGCCAGUGGGACACCGCUGGCUUUGAAAAUGAAGAACAGAAGCUGAAAUUUCUGAAGCUUAUGGGUGGCUUUAAACAUCUGUCCCCAUCAUUCAGCCGCCCUCCCAGCAUGACUGACAGGUCCAACAUGGCCCUGGACAAGAAGUCUUCAGACAUGCUCCAGCAGAACCUGCAGCAGGACUAUGACAGGGCCAUGAGCUGGAAGUACAGUCAUGGGGCUGGCCUGGGCUUCUCCUCUGAGUCCCGCAGCAAGGUCUUCUACAUUGACCGGAACGCCUCCAAGUCUAUCAAGUUGCAAGAUUAAACUUUAUUGUCCUGAUCCUCAAACUCCAUUUCUUGGUCAGUUUUGCAUCUGCCAAAUUGGCUUGAAUCAGGCACCUGCAGAUACUGAGGACCACUCAUGAUGAGUUUUGAACAAGCUGGUGAAAGCUGCUUGUGUGUCAGGAGCCAGUAUUAGUGUCUAAAACGUAUUUUCUAUAUUAAACUUUCCACCUCUCUUUGGGUGAAAGUAUUUUAAGUAAUAAUAGCUAUCAGUUGUUGACUUGUGCAGGGCCCUGACUAAAGUGUUUUCUUUGUAUUGAUGUAUUUAAACCUAAUUAUGGAAUAGGUGCUACUCUCAUCUCCAUUUUAUGGAUGCUGCAAUUUAAGUUCAGGGAUAAAGUAAUAAAUUACCCAGGGUCACCUUGCAUUAAGUGCCAUCAAGAGUGAGUACAUCACCCUGCAUC